UUUAGGCGCUGUCUUUCAACCCUGAUUCUUUACCAAGAAUGAAGUUAUUUAAAAAUUAAGAUGCCAACAGAUCACGAGGAGCCCUGUGGCCCCAGUCUCAGGUCAUUUUGCCUGAAUGGGGGGAUUUGUUAUGUGAUACCUACUAUUCCCAGCCCAUUCUGUAGGUGCAUCGAGAACUAUACAGGAGCUCGCUGUGAAGAGGUUUUUCUCCCGAGUGCCAGCAUCCAAAGCAAAAGUAACCUGUCAGCAGCUUUCGUGGCCCUGGUGAUCCUAGUCACGCUCGCCAUCGCAGCACUCUGCUUCCUGUGCAGGAAGGGCCACCUUCAGAGGGCCAGCUCAGUCCAGUGUGAGGUCAGCCUGGUGGAGAGAAGCACUACCGGUCCCCAUCACAGUCACAGAGAUCACUGAAGACACAGCCAGUGAAGGUCACUAUUGCGGUCACUUCACACAGCAUAAAGGGAACCGUAUCGUGAGAGAAGGAGCAACAUCACAAGGAGGACCAGACUAUAAAAUAUAUCAACAGGCAAUGCUGACGGAGCCCAACCCUGAUGUUCUUAAAGGACAAUAAAUGCAAGUUAGUUCCUUGCCUACAAACAGAAUUGUGUUCAGACAGUCUCUUGGCAACACCAAAAUGAAUGAACAGGUACAUAGCAAUUCCUUUCCUUUUGUAUUUUUUUGAGACAGGUAUCACUUUGUGUAGCCUUGGCUGGUCCCAAAAUCAUCAGUGUAGACCAGGCUGCCCUGAAUUGAAGAGAU